UUUACGGUCACAUUCCCCAAAUUUGUCUCUAAUUUUGGGGCGGGGGUCUUGUCGUUUCCCUGAGCGAGUGCCGUUGAUGUCUUGUUCUGUGAAGGAGGGUCCUCCAGUAAUCUGAAACCCAGAUUAUUUAGAACCUUGAGAAUCAGUUCUCGAAGCAUUCAGGGAGAUGGGUUCUUGAGUUCCUAGUUAUUUGACUGAGGUAGGAGAUCUUUUUCCUUUUGCAUUAUUUUUUUCGUUUCUUCCGAGUCUAGUUUCGUUUGGGUUCAAUCUCUGCUGCCAAAGAAAGAUCAGAUUGUGAUAGUUAGCUGAUAAAAUUACGGAAGGAGCGAAAAGAAAAUUGGGAGUGGUUGUUCCUGGUCUCAGGAUGAGGGAUUUCCCUUCCUGUUUCGGUGAGAAUGGAGUUCAAGUGGCGGAUUCAUCUUCAAGUACCAGUAAAGCUGCUCAGAAUCUAGUUACUUGCGUUUAUCAGGGUAGAUUGCGCGGAAGGUCUUGCUUGAUCACUAUCACAUGGAGCAAGAAUCUGAUGGGUCAAGGUCUUAGUGUUGUGAUCGACGACUCGACGAACCAUUGCCUCUGUAAAGUCGAUAUAAAACCAUGGCUGUUCUCCAAGAGAAAAGGGUGCAAGAGCUUGGAGGCUGAAUCGAGUAGAAUCGAUAUAUAUUGGGAUCUCUCCUCUGCUAAAUUUGGAUCAGGACCGGAGCCAUUAGAGGGGUUUUAUGUGGCUGUGGUUGUCGAUCGGGAGAUGGUUCUUCUUCUUGGGGAUUUGAGUAAAGAGGCAUACAAGAAGACCAACGCGGCUCCUGUUCUUUCCAAUGCCAUCUUCAUCGCCAAGAGAGAGCACAUUUGCGGGAAAAGGUUCUAUGGCACCAGGGCUCAGUUCUGUGACAACGGACAGAUCCACGAUGUCACAAUUGAGUGUGAUACUGGAGGCCUGAGUGAGCCAUCCCUUUUGAUCCGCAUAGGCAGUAAGACUGUGAUGCAGGUGAAGCGCCUCAUGUGGAAGUUCAGGGGCAACCAGACAAUCUUGGUGGACGGGCUACCCGUGGAAGUGUUCUGGGAUGUUCAUAACUGGCUAUUUGGAACAGCAAUUGGGAAUGCAGUUUUCAUGUUCCAGACGUGUCUCUCUGCUGAGAAGUUGUGGGCUAGUUUUACUCAUACCACCACUGAUCCUACUAUAUUGCCUUUGUCCUGCUCACAGAUAUUCAAAGAUUCCCAAAGACAAGGGCUUGGUUUCUCGCUGAUUUUGUAUGCUUGGAAGAAUGAGUAGAGCUGUAGAGGUGUAUUCUUCCUUGUUGAGUGCUAACAAAUACAUUUAGCUGAGUGAUGAUUUUCAUUAACGAUGUGUUUGAAUUACAUAAAAAUGUGAUUUAUGAGAGGCUCCAUUUGUUUCCUUAUUCACUGUUCAAACAGAAUAGAAAUGAUAUCAUUUUUUUAAAUUGAUCAUUCUAUGUUCUUAAAAACCAGCAUAAAUUACUGUGUCUUUGGUUGUCUAUUGAAAUUCCAUGUGGAGAAUGACCCUGCUAGAUGGAUUUGUGGUACACUCGUUGGUUCUGAUAUUGGUUUUCCUGUAUGCAUUGCAUCAUUUUGUCAGCUUUUCAUGCCCUUUGGGACCCAUUACAGUAAGUUUUCUUCCUCAUGUUAUUAUGAUACUUUUUGUGUAAGGGAAAGACCAUCUCUUCUGUUUUUGUUCGACGUAUGUGCAUGAUGAAGAACAGUUUACACUUGCUUGUGCGACCCAAAUGCAUGACAAAGAACAGUUUGUCACUCGCUUGUGCCUUGGGCUUAUGUGGAGGAGAUGCGGUGAGACUUUAUUCAGCCUUGUGAUCAUAUUUUCUAUGGCUUGGAGAAGAAGAGGUUGAACCUCUUGGAGACUUAAUAAAGGUGGCUGUUUAAGGGUUGUGGCUGGAACCCUGGAAUGCUAUUGAUCAAAUUUUGCUGGACGUUAGAACCAGUUUAGAGGACAGUAAAUAAAGCAAAAGGGCUGUUUUUCUGGGCUUUCUUAAGUAAGGACUUUGAGGGAUCAACUUUAGUUAUCAGAACUAGCUGCUCUUCUGGUUUGGGUAGUAAAAUAAUGUAUGGCUGGUGUGUACAAUUUCUGUACCUUAUUUGUUUAGUGUGUUAGCAUUCUAGUAUGUGCUCUAUGGUUCACUGAAGCAUCAUUUUUGGAUUGUACUCCAUGAACAAAAUUCUUUAUUUAUCAAAAAAUAGAAGUUAUGAUACAUGUGAUCAAGGAACAUAAUUAUUUAAAAUGAGGCCUAACCAUUGUAU